AUGGCUGAAAAUGUACCGCCAGGCUCAGCUGCGAAGCCUGCGGCCAGCGGGGAUAGGCCUGGACUUCCAUACUAUGAGAAGUUGAGGCGCGACUUGCGCGACACUCUGCAGAAGAAGCGCCUAGUAGAUCGCAAUAUGGCUGCGAUAGAAGACCAGAUCUACCGUCAGGAGACCACAUACCUCGAAGAGACCUCUGUUGCAGGAAAUAUUGUGAAGGGAUUCGACAACUACAUCAAGGCGUCUGCGGUAUCAGCGGCUGCGACUUCGACCGGGGGCACCAUUUCUGGCAGUGCUGCGGGCGGCGGGCUUGGGGCAGGCAGGCGCAAAGCUGUUGUCAACGACUCUGAUCGUGUCUUCUCACGAAGUUCUGUCUCCUACAUGCGUGAUUCCGAUACUCCCAGCAGUGCGACGAGCACGCCAAAGGGUGCCGGCACGCCUACUGGAAGUUUUACGACCGAGAAAGUGGGUGAUAAGAAGAAGAAAAAGAGCCUUGCACACGACGAUGACAAUGAUGGAAGGCCGACCAAACGGCAGAAGACCACCUUUGGCGGUUCGAGGAAAGCCACGGAUGACUGA